GAGCAACACAUAUUAUUGUUCCAAUGUGCAUCUGUUGUGGACUUAAUUCCAGACGCUGCGCCAUUCUUUUUGGCAUUACUUAUUAACAUUUUAUUAAAAGGCGCAUAUACAGCACUCACGGUUCAUGAAAUGGGUGACAUUCCAUUCACUUGUCCAAAUUCAUAUGACUACUCUCUUUCCUCGCUUUACACCACUUGUCAGAUUCGUAAAACCAAUUUAAUAUUUAUAUGGUUAUUUCCCACAUUUCUUGUUUUUAGUUUGUGUGCUUCUGCAGAUGAUUUUGAUGAAAAUGACAAUACUGCUAUAAGCAAUGUUGCUGAAGCACCUGAAGAAAUUAUUCCGAAUCCUAGUGCUGAAGCACCAGAAAAAACUAUACCGAAUGCUAGUGAAGUUAUUGGAAAAAUUAUACCGAAUGCUAGUGAAGUUAUUGAAAAAAUUAUACCGAAUGCUAGUGAUGUUAUUGAAAAAAUUAUACCAAAUGCUAGUGAUGUUAUUGAAGUACCUGAAAAAAUUAUACCUAAUGCUAGUGAUGUUAUCUCAGGUACUCAAUUAGACAGUAUUGCUAUAAGUAAUGUUGUUGAAGUACCUAAAAAAAUCACACCAAAUGCUAAUGAUGUUAUUCCAGGAACUUACUUGGCUUAUUAG